UCUUGCUUGUAAGGGUAAAAAUGUGAAGCUCGAAGACUUGAUCUGAAGAUCCGAGACUCGAUCCGAAAAGAAUCUUUCCACUUGACAACGUCUUCGAUUAUUUGAAGAGUCUUUGAAGCUCGAUCUGAAGAAUCUCUCAACCUGACGACUUUUCGAGUUGAUGACUUCUUUGAUUAUUGAAGUCUUUUAUGGGAAUGAACUUCAUGGCGGCUUCUGAUUGUCCUUCUUCUUCUCGUGCAUCAGGGAAGUAUGAUGUUUACCUAAGUUUUACGGGCGUCGAUACCCAUAAAAAAUUUAUCAGUCAUCUUUAUGAAGCUUUGUGUCGCAGUCACAUUGAAACUUUCUGUGAUUACCAAAUUGAGAGAGGAGAUGAAUAUUCGCAACCUCUUUUCAAUGAAAUUAAAGAAUCGAAAAUUUCUUUUGUUGUAUUCUCAGAAGGCUAUGUAUCUUCCGCAUGGUGUCUUGAGGAACUUGUAGAGAUUAUUGAAUGCAAGAACAUGUACGGUCAGAUUGUGGUGCCAGUUUACUGUUAUGUAGAUCCAUCAGAUGUGAGGAACCUAUCUGGGAAAUUUGGGGAUGGAUUUGAUAAGCAUAAGAAGAAGAAUUGGCGGAAUGCUUUGCGGGAAGUGGGGAAUCUAGCUGGCUUUGAUGUAAAGGAUAGGGAUGAAUCUAAAGCUAUAGCGGAAAUUGUUGAAUUUUCUUUGAAGAAAUUGAAUGAUAUGUGCUCGAGUGAUGACAAGGAUGUGAUUGGAGUGAAACCAAGCAUAAAAAGAAUGAAAUCUCUGCUAAGUAUUUGGUCGAAAGAUAUUUGCAUUGUAGGAAUUUGGGGAAGAAGUGGUAUAGGCAAGACAACUCUUGCCAAAGCUGUAUUUGAUGAAGUUUUGGAUCAAUUUGACGAUUCUUACUUUGCUCUUAAUGUUAGGGAAGAAUCAGAGAGUCCUAACGGGUUAACUCCCUUGCGACAAGAACUUUUCUCUGAAAUAUUAAAGGAGAAACAUUCCAACAUAGGAUUCACAUUUAUAAAACAAAAGCUUUCCCAUAGAAAGGUUCUCAUUGUUUUUGAUGAUCUGACAUCUUUUGAACAAAUAAAAAUUUUAGUUGGAGAUCUUAAUUGCUUGGGUCUAGGUAGUCGAAUUAUUAUAACAACAAGGGAUAAACAAUUGCUUACAAAUUAUGGAGUGGAAAAUAUAUACGAGCUUAAGGCAUUAUCUCAUCAUGAAGCUCUUUGCCUUUUUAGUUGGUAUGCCUUUCAACAGAGUCAUCCAACUUUUCUUUAUAAUGACCUGUCGAAUAUGGUUGUAAAAUAUGCUAAAGGCAUACCAUUAGGUCUUAAAGUGUUGGGUUCCUUUCUACGUGGCAAGAGAAAUACAGUAUGGUUAAGUGCAAUAAAUACACUCGAGAGAACUUCUUGUUAUGAUGUCUAUGAGGUGAUAAAAAUAAGUUAUGAUGGACUAGAUAAUGAUGAGAAGAAUAUAUUCUUGGAUAUUGCAUGUUUCCUUAAAUGGGAGAAUAGAGAUUUUGUAAUAAAGUUCUUGAAUGCAAGUGGCUUCUUUGCAGAAAUUGGAAUCAGUGUUCUCAUUGAUAAGUGUCUUGUAAUGGUAUCAAACAACAAGGUAACAAUGCAUGAUUUGCUUCAAGAAAUGGGUCAAGAAAUUAUCCGGAGAGAAUCCUCAAUAGAUCCUGGCAAACGCAGUCGUUUGUGGCAUCAUGUGGAUAUAUCUAAUGUAUUGAAAAAAAAUACGGGGAGUAAAGCAAUUGAAGGCAUAUGCUUGGACAUGUCUAAAGUAAGAGAUAUACAUUUAAAUCAUCAUGCUUUCUCCAAAAUGCGUAAACUGAGAUUCCUGAAAUUAUAUAACUCACACUCUGAAGAGGACAAUAUCAGCAAGGUGCAUGUUCCCCAAGGCCUUGAAUCUGUUUUCUCUAACUUAAGGUACCUUUAUUGGCAUGGAUGCCCAUUGAAGUCAUUGCAGUCAAAAUUUCGUCCAGAGAAUCUUGUCGCACUUGACAUGUCUUAUAGCAAUGUUGAACAACUUUGGACUGUUGUGCAGCAUUUUGAUAACUUAAGGGAUAUGAAACUCAGCCACUCCAAGCAUCUAAUCCAAAUUCCAAAUCUCUCAUUUGCACCAAAGUUGGAGAACUUGAUUCUAGAAGGGUGCACAAGUUUGUUUGAAAUUUCCUCAUCUAUUGGGCAUCUCAAUAAGCUUGCUAUCUUGAAUCUUAGGCAUUGCAAAAGUCUUAAGAGUCUUCCAAGCAGUAUUUCUAAGCUGAAGUCUCUUGAACAUCUUAAUGUAUCAGGAUGUGCAGAACUUGAUAGAUUGCCCAACUAUGUAGGAGAUUUAGAAGCUUUGAAAGUGCUUGAAGCAAAGACACUUGCUAUAAAAGAAAUACCAUCAUCCGUUGUAAAUUUGCGUUAUUUGACGGAACUAAAUCUUGCUAAUUGUUGUCUCAUGGAGUUACCCAAUCUUUUGAGCCAGUUAUCCUCACUUAGUAUUUUACUUCUAGGUGGGAAUAAUUUCGAGAGCAUUCCAACAAGCAUCAAUCACCUUUCUAAGUUAUCUUAUCUUGAGUUAGGCUAUUGCGAGCUACUUAAAUCCUUACCAGAGCUUCCUUGUAGUUUAGAAUCUCUUGAUGCACCAGGUUGCUCGGCAUUGGAAUCGGGUUUAUCAGUUCUCCCAGCUACUAAUCAAAGACCAGUGAGAGUUAACUUUAGCAAUUGUUUCAAACUAGAUCAAAGUGCUGUAAAAAAUAUUGUUGAAGAUGCUAUACAGAAAAUACCGCAUAUGACAAUGGAACUCUACUCAAGACCUAGUGUUUGUAUCUGUUUCCCUGGAACUGAAAUCCCACAGUGGUUUAACUAUAUAAGUUUGGGGUCUUCUAUAAAUAUCCAGCUGCCAUCAGGUUGGUUCAAUCCUGACUUUGUUAGUUUCAUCAUAUGUGUUGUUGUAGAGUUUCGAAACUAUUAUGACGAAGGCCAUGGUUUGGUUGUUCACUAUGAUUGCAAGCUCAGAAGUAAAAAUGACAUGACGAUCCUUUACCGUGGCACUUUGAAGGGUUGGUACUAUGAUAUUGGAUCCCAUUACAUUGACUCAGAUCACAUAUUUUUGGGAUAUGAUUCCAAUAUGCUUUCUUCAAAUAUUAAUAAAUGGGAUUAUCCUUCCUAUAGUGAGGUGUAUAUACAAUUUUAUGUUGAGGAUUUAAAUAAUAAACGCAUAGAUUGUUGCAAGGUGAUAAAGUGCGGGGUCUCUUUGGUGUAUUCUCCAGAGACUAGGAAAUCUUUGAAAGUUGCAAUCUGGGAGAAAUUGCCAUGUGGGAAAUCAGAUGAUGAGGAAGAGAAACUACCACGCAAGAAGCAAAAUGUUGCUUCUUUAUAGAUCCCAGUUACUUGCUUUACUUCCUUUCGGAGCAUUACAACUUUGUAUGUCUGGUUACACUGCAACAUAUAAAGUGGUAAGUUACUCGUUUCAUAUAUGUUCCAUUUUGUUAUUUGAGUUCUAUGAUUUUUGUUUCAUUUAUUGAGUAUUAAGCAAUGGAUUUUGCAUAAUGAUGAAUUAAUGUGCUUUUGCUGUUUCUCUGAAAAGUUCAUGAAUUAAGUCAAUUGAUAUUUUGUGUAUUAAGUUCGGGUAAAAGUAAUGUCUAGAUAGCAUUACUAUGUUGAUAUUUUCUUUUUGGUAAAUAUUGGUAUGGAUAAUGUUAUAUUUAAUUUAUAAAGCCUUUUGUCAAGAUGAUAAUAGUGUCCCUUCACAAAAAUUGAAACUCUUACCCAACCACAAUUCAAAGUUUCUUUCCGUGUAAUUAAUCAAGCGUGAUGAAAUAUUAUUAUCAGAAUAACGUCUUCAAUAUGCUUGUCCUAUGUGUGACUGACCAAUUAGAGUAUACAACGUCAUGACGUGUGGCAUACACACUCCUCUUGAUUGGUCAGUUGUUCUCUGCCUAGUAGAACAGGUAGAGUUAAGCUUUGCAUUAUAAUGAACAUUUCGCCUUGUAUGAUGUCACAAGUUUGCUUUGCCUGAGAUAUUUGGGAGCUUGUGGGAUAUGAUAAAAAGCCCCCUUCUUGAUGUGUGCAUGUGUGUUGACUUUCUGGAUAGGUAUGAUCGUUACUGUCACAAACCCCACCUAAGUUAUGAAUAAUGAGGUUACAAAUAUUUAUAGAAAAACAUUUGUAUAUUGUCAUAGAAUUUUUUCAUUUUAAGAUUAUAAUAUAAUUCCAGAAGCCCUCAUCCAAUAGUUUGAACUACCUAUAAAAAUUUUGGUGUAAAUUUGGAUUUUCCCAACCUCACAACCAGUUGAAUUGGUGGCUUUUAAUUAAAUAAAAUUCUGAGCACUUAGCUAACGUUGUAUAGGGAUGUGAAAAAAAUCCGGCUGGCCUGGCCGGGCUUGUAUUUGGCCCAGCCUGGGUAUAUAUAAUCUGCUGGCCCGGGAUCGGGUUUAGCAGUAAGCCUGGGCCAGGUACAUUAUAUAAGAUUUGUAAAACUUAUAUAGCCCUAUGCAAAAUGACAAAAACCCCCUAAAAAGUUUCUAAAAACCCCCCAAAAAUAACAUUCAGCUGCCUUUUUUAUUGUAAAAGUUUUAAUAACCCCCUAAAAGUUACAUCCAGAACCCACCUAUAAAGUAAAAUUUCAAAAAAAACCCUGUUCAUCGUAACCAAACCUGGGCCUCAAGGCCAGGUGUGUCCGGCCCAGGCCUGGGGUAUUUACAUCCCUAACGUGGUAUUUAUUUUUGAAAAUUGAAUGGGUCUGAAUUUGAAUAAAAAUUGAAUGCGUCUUGAUUUUAUAAGUUUUACACCAUGCUUAUUUUUCCUUUUGUAAUGUCUGAAUGUAAUUCUUAAGUUGUUUAUUUUAAUAGAUAGUAGGUCUUGUUUGGUUUUGUUUUCAUUUUCCUUCUUUUGCCAAAAUUUAGUCCUGGGAGUUCAUGACAUAUAUGUUUGGUUAUUGUUUUCAAUUUUUUUUCCUGUAAAAUAGAAAAAUAAUCAAUUUUCUUUUACAUUUUACAAAAGAAAGGUGAGAACAACUUUCUUUUGUUUUCAACAUUUUCCUUUUGUAUCCUCUAAUAGAGAACAAUGGAGAUUAUUUCUUAUUUCGCUUUCAACUUGCAAUCAUGAACAUAUUCACCUAAAAUCGUAUAUCCUGAUUUCUCAAAUUUUAAAAAU